GCCCUUUACCACAUACACCCAUAAGAAUUGUGUGUAACCAUUUGCUACAAUUGAAACACUAAAUACUAUUUUCGAUUCUAUAACAUGUCUUCUGCAGGCAUUGAAACGCGACCUAGUGUCGUUGGUGAACCAGGUUUCGAAGUUUUGCCAGGACAUUCUGAAGUCACUUCGGCGGGGACUGAAACGGAGCAAGUUCAAGGUGAAACGGAGACGAAAACUGCAUUGAGCGAGGUUGCUCCAAACGUUUUAAAUACUGUGAAAACCACAGAGGUUCCCACUAUCAAGCAUCCCGCCUUUGUUUCCGCAUACAGUGUUUCUGGUCAUUUAACCUUUAAGACAAACGGCAUUCUUCCUCAUUCUUUAAGAAGGUUUUUUUAUGUUCAGACGAAAAAAUUUGAACUUAAAAACUUAAACUAUUAUUAUCGAAAGCGAUUCUAUGGUUCUUUGACUGAAACAGAUAAAACAGCGACCGAGUCAAACCCUUCAAACGGCGACGAAGAGGGUGAAGGCGUAGAGGAGCCGAAGGAAGCGCCUGCUCCCUCUUCUCGUGACUAUUACCUUGAAUUAAUUGCUCACGCAACUCAAACGGGAGACGGAUUGUUGUUUUAUUCAAAGUCUCAACUUGCAUCCGAUAGCCCUAGUGGAAUUAUUCCUUUGUAUGAUGUUGUUGCUGUUGAGCCCAGCUUUGACCAAAAGUUUAUUAUAGCCACAGGAUCUGGCAAAAUCGCUACCUUUGAGGCACCCAGCCCUGCGGAGCGCGACAAGUGGGUCAAAUAUAUUAUUGAGAAUGUCCAACGUUACAAACAGGCUCGGGUGGAUGUGGAGAACAGCGAAGCAUAUAAGGACACAUUUGCCAAGUUGAAGAAAUACUCGGCUGAAAGUGCCAAUGCAGCUUAUUCUUUCUUGUACUUCUUUGGCAAGAAAGAUGGAAGCAAAUCAAAGGAAAAGGGCAAGUCAGUGGACAAGUCAGCGGCCCCGGAUCCACGGAAGCGUGACUCUGUCUUUGAAAUUUUACAAUCAUUCGUUCAUUUCAAGCCCUCUGGUGCAACGAAAGACGCAAUACCGGAAGAGGGAGUGAAAGAAAAUGCCUCUCCAGCAGUCCCUAUUGUUCAAGAACCCGAGGUUACUGAUGACACGCCUCAAAAUGUAAAUGAGGAUGUUCCUGAGACUGAGAAUGCAGCGGCAGAAACCCUCAAUGCGGAACCACCGGCACAGGUUCCUUCUGGGGCAUCACCAUCCACUCCUCACUUGCGUGCACGUCUUUCUGGCAUCUUCCGUCGUUCUCCCAGCCCAAUGAAAAGUGUUUCAGAAGAGCCUGCCGAAGAGGAACAGGAGGCUUCAGCUCCAGUUACCGCAUCGGCGCCAGCUUCAACUUCAAAGGAGAAGAAACAUUUUUUCUCGCCUAAAAAGCAAAAGCAAAAAACACCCAAGAAGACAAAUGAUUCUGCGGAUUCACCCUCAAAGCAUAAGUUCAGCUUGAUGUCUUCCCCACUUAUGAGAAGACUAUCGGAAACGCUUCAUCAUGGAUUCCAUAACUCUCCUGAUUACUCGGCGAAACGAGAGGCUGCUUUGGCUAAGGCUGCUACGGAAACGGAGACAGAACCUGCUGCCGCCGAUGCCAACAUCACGGCCGAGUUGGGUACCGAAGAAGCUCCCGUUGUCGUUGAUGUAGAUGAGGAAGAGCAACCUUCUUUUACUCCGGUGAAUACCGAGCCCGUAUCAAAGAUUUCUGGACCUGGCACUGGUGAGGCUGCUGAGAAUUCUGAUGCUGUUGGUUCGGAGAUUGUCGAACCUAUCCCUUCAGAGACAAAGGCUGACGAAAACGUGGAGGAAGAUGUAAAGCAAGUGGAGACAGUCACUACUACUGAAACUUCUGCUCCUGUUGAGACGCAAGUUGACUCUGACGAUGCAGCUGCUAGCAGCCUGCAUGAGUUCAAGGAGGUAUCUGAGGAACCCGCUAGUGCGGAAGCUGAUCCCGCUAUUUCAUCUGAAGUUGCCGUUCCACCCGCUGAAGAGGUCUUAAACAAGAACUUGGAAUCGGAGAACACGGUCGACACUGCCGCGGUGGUGUCUGAGGAUAACAAAGGUGAAUGAUUCACUUGUGCUUAAAACGCCUUUUCAAUUCUAGGAAGAGCAAUGUCUUCUCCGUGCUUUCAUCACAGCCUUUCAAGCGACUUUAACAAGCAUUUCGCUUUUUGUAUCAUAGGAUGUCCGGCUUUCAUUAUUGUGUAACAUUAAAUAGUUAAUGAGUAGUGCUUUUUAUUUUUAUCAAUUCUACGAGGAUUGCUGUAUUCGUA